UUAUAUGGUAAGACAAGAGCUCUUUUGCACUUGCGUCUAUACUUACCACGGUUAUAGUUAUACCAUAUACCAACGUGCUAUAGACGGUAUUCAACAUCAGCAUCAUCGGUAUCAUAACUCCAUUUAGAGCUUCGGAGGCGACCAUAUUGCAGAGUUUGGUACCAAAUUACCAUCCAUUCGGUGAACAAACAAACUAGUCUGCAAAUAUCACGACAAGUAAUUAUAUGUUGCGUAGUUUAACUUACGAACAGAGGGCUCUUUCAGUUGGUAGAGAUUGCAAUAAAUGGAACCUCGUGAAAGUUAGAGACAUCUAAAUUGAGAAUUUCUUCCGCAGCACAAACACCUGAUAAAUUACACAAACAAAUUCAAGGGUCAUCGUCAACUUCAUAAUAUGGCUAUUAUAUACUAAUAGCUUCGAACUAAUUGCCCAGAUUAUCAGAGAAGUUUGGGCUCUAAAUCAUCAUUGUUUACCGUUUCGAGUCCUGUUUUGAGCUGUUUUGCUUUGAGAAUUUGAAUAAAAAUCAUUUUGCGGCUUCUUUUCAGAUUUCAAAUCUAUAGCAUCGAUUGGCAAAUAUCUGAACUUCGUGUUUGAAUUGUACUGUUACAUUUGUUUACUUUUACCAUUUCGUGUUCAUUCAGAUAGGUUAGGUUGCCCCAUCAAACCAAGUCUGUUAUUCAGAACAUAAUUUACUUCUUGUACUAGUAUCCUGACCACUGUUCUCAGCUGAAUUUCAUCAUUCCUCAAAAUGGCAGCCACCCAACGAACUGCUUCCAACCGUGCACAGAAAGUGGUGCAUCACAGUAAGUUCAGGAACAUCUAUGGCCAGGCAGCUAAGAAGCAGGAGAGCUACGAGGGGGUGCCUGUGAGCAGCAACAUGUUCGAGAACAACUACAGCUGCGUCAACCCCAAGUUCCUCGCCAUCGCCACCAAGGCCACCGGCUGCUUCACUGUCAUAGACCUCAAACAUACUGGUCGGCAGGGUAACUACGUGCAGAUUAAACACAGUGGCAGUCAGCUGAUGGAUCUGAAGUGGAACCCAUUCAACGACAGAGUCCUCGCCACAUCUGCCGACGAUGGAACUAUCAAGAUCUGGGUGAUUCCAGAGGGUGGUCUGAAGGAGGGUGACGCGACCCUGGAGCCCCUGAGAGUGAUUUCGCACCACAAGAAGAGAGUGUACACCAUGGAGUGGCAUCCGAGUGCAGAGAACAUACUCGCCACCAGCAGCGCCGACUGCACUGCGGCAGUGCUGGACGUGGGUGCGGCUAGUGACAAGGAGGUGGUGGUGAGCAAGACGGAAAUGCACGGGGACUUCGUGUUCCAGGUCUGUUGGGACUACGAGGGGGAGAGGAUAUUCACUCUGGGCAAGGAACAGAUCCUCCGUUCAUUCGACGCUAGAACGGGCGAACUCAUCAUGAAGGCUUCUGGACCGGCGCAUGAGUUGAAACGUGCCACCAAAAUGGGUGCUCUGGGCAAGACUAACCUGCUGGUGACUACUGGUUUCUCCAGCUUGCAGCAGCCGGAGCUGAAGUUCUGGAAGAUGGACGACAUUGACACCUGUGUGGUGACUCAUCCCUGUGGCGAGGGCUCUGGGUGUCUGUUUCCAUUCUUCGACACAGACAGCAGUGUGUUGUAUGUAGCCGCAAGGGGCGAGGUGACGAUUAGGUACUUUGAGAUAGUAGUCUCCGACGAUGGUGAAGUGAAACUCUACGACCUGUUCUUGUUCAACUCCCAGACAUCCCAGAAGAGUAUGUGUUUCAUGCCCAAAAGAGGUCUGGACUUCAUGGAUUGCGAGAUCAUGAGGAGCUACAAGCUACUCAACUCGUCUCCCAUGGUCGAACCUGUGUCCUUCUUUGUCCCUAGACGGGCCGAGGGUUUCCAGGAAGACCUCUAUCCGCCCACUGUGGGGGUGGAACCGGCCAUGAGUGCGAAGGAGUGGGUGGGGGGAAAGAAGAGUGGACCUCUGUUGGUGCCCAUUCAGGACAUCCCCCGUGAGACCAGUCGGGACGCCCCCGAGGCAUUCGCAGAGGCCAACGGUGAAGACACCUCCGAACUGAUGGCACAAAAGACGAAACUGGAGGCACAAGUUGCUUCUCUAAAGACUGAGCUGAAAUCGGCUAAGGACACUAUCGAAGCAAAGAACGUUGAGCUCUCCAAUCUGACACUUCAGCUGGAGUCAUCCAAAUCGAAUCUCCAAACUGCCGAAGAUGAGCUGGCUAAACUGAAGUCAGCUGAAAAAGAAACAACUUCAGCUGAACCAGAAGCCGAAUAAAAAGAAGGGUGAACAAAAAACGAACAAGUUUGAAAUGAACAUGGAUGCAAACAAGACUUGAUCGAAAAAACUGAAACUAGUGAUUUUUGUCUACAAAUGAUUUUCAUGAUCAAUCUUCAUAUUUUAUCCUACUUUUUUACUAUCCCUGGUAAAAAUUGUCACUUGAAAAGAAUUGUUGUAAAAGUCAAGCUUUAAAAUUCUC